UCGGCGUGUUACAUGUAUGCGUGCGUCCGUGUGUGUUUUGUGUGGGUGUGAGCCGAAUUGAUCGCUGGCAUAUCGCACGCAUUGUGGCGCGACAUCCCCGUGCACGUAAUGGCGCUCGCGGAUAACUGUUACGUAAUAUAGUAACUUGAGACGGCCAUUCAUGGCAGCCGAACGUUUGCUCACGAUGAUGUGGAAUUGAACGCUGCAGCCGCCGACGACGACCGUUAACAUGCAUAGUUACUACGCGACAGGUGGUAUCAUCGCCCGUCUACCGCAUGUCCUACUAUUUUGGAUUCUUUUCACUGAGGUGCAAAGCUUGCAGUGCUACCAGUGCGAGAACGUACACAGUAACGGUGAGUGUAACGGUACCCUCUACCUGGACGAGUGCGCCUCCACACACGACACCUGUCAGACAAUGGUCACCUGGUCAGGUGAGAUACACAAGUUGCUCAUCACAAAGUCGUGUACGAAGGAGCUGCCGUGCUACGCGCAGAGGAACGAGUCCAACAUAUCGAUGCCGUGCAAAUACACGCUGGACACGUGGAGCUGUGUCACUUGCUGCCACACCGAUCGAUGCAACGAAGACGUGGCCACAUCUGCGGCGCAGUAUCUCUUGCGCUACGCACAAUCAAGCGUCGUCACUACCAUGCUCUUCCUCGUUGCGGUUAGAUGGCUCUGUUACGUGUGACCCCCCCCCCACCCCCCGAGAUUCCUAGCUGACGUCCUAUAGCUCGCAAAACGAGUACUGCAGCACGCGUUAUUAUAGCCAACGGGAUUCGCGCCAUUUUUUCCCGAAUUUGCUGUGACUGUAUUUGUGCCCAAUUGUUGAGCAUAUUUAGAUCGUUUAAUAAUUAUUAGAUGGAUAUAAAUUUGUUACGUAAGAUUUUUUUGGCAUGGAAGCACCUUUUGAGUGCACACACAAUCAGUAGGCCCCCUAUAUGAUUGUACCUUGAUUAUAAAUGCUGAGAUUUUGUAUGCACAGCGGCUGAUUUUGAGACACAAGUAAUACGCCGUAUACGUUGCAGAGGGUGUCUAAAUUUAUGCGAGGUAUGCCGUACAGAUAAUCACAUGCAGGUUUCUAUACAGCCUGCGUUAUCUUAUUCUUAAGCUACGGCGAGUGGGAAAACACGAGGACGGUUUGUUAUAAGCAUGUAACGUUGUAAUAAUUUAUUAUCCGUAUAUUAAUUCUACAUUAAAUGCAGCCAUAUAAUUCCCCUAAAUGAAAAAUACUUUAUUUGCUAUAAUAAUAGGGUAUCUGGGAGGAUUAUAGUCGUGCAAGAUACUGCAUGAGUUAAUUGACAACAUUUACAACAAAUCUGCCAGAGCAAUAUAAGUGGCUAUAAAUUAAUACACACGAAAAAUCAAUUAACGGAAAUAGUUCUGUUUAGACGCGUAGCUGCCAGUACUUGGGCCUAAACGAAUGAGUGCGUCGUUUAUAUUUAUUAAUAAUUGACUAGGAAUUGGCCAGAUUCUAACAUUAGGGAUUGGCGUUUCAUGGUAAUAACGAAGUAUUAUGCGUAUUAUGUGAGUUACUAGUGAUCAGACAAAAUAAUAUAUAUAAUCGGCGCUUGGGUAUCAGCGAAUUUUCCGGCGAAUCUGAUGUGAACAAAAGUCGAAGAUGCCGCCUUAGGUUGAAACUAAAGGCGAGUAGAUAUGUAAUUGCACUGGGUAGCUGUGAAUUGAUUAUCAACGCUUUAAACUAAGUAGGUGCACCGUAAAUUGAAUCGGGGACUGAUCGGAAAGUUAACAAAUUUAUCCGUUCUAACGUAAAUAAACUGUAACUUAGUAACUGUAUUGUUUAAUAUCAAGUACAUAAUGGGAGAAGAGUAUGGCACUGUUUUAACAGCAUUUUGAGUAGUUUUCAACUUGACUUUACCUUGUUUUCGUCUCCGGCAAGUGAGUUUAUUCGUAAUUUCAUAAACGGAUUUAAAAUUAGAAGUAGAUUUUACGGUAUGGUAUAUUAUAUGUAUAGUAUAAUAAUUGUUUUUAAAUGAGUAGUGUAAUAACGAGCAGGAUAACCUCGUUAGGUUUUUAACUAAUACGUAAUGUUGUGGCGCCACCACAAGGCAAUGAUUACGUUUUCCUCAAUCAUGUGCAGAUAUACUGCAGAAACCUGUAUUAAUUUUGUUAUUCCUAUUCUGUUGUGUUUCGAUUAUUGUGUUUUCCUGAUAAAAAGUCAUUAAUAAGAGAUGAUGAACAAUCUUGUUUAUUGAAAUGAAGAAUAAGCAGAGCUACACUUAUACGAAUACAAUAAUACCGUAGCGAGACAUUAAUUGAUGUUAAUGAUAACCCAGAUUAAAUUUUACUUAGAUUAUAUAGCUAGAUAAUAAUUAAUUUUUUAAACAACAAUUUGUCAUAAUAACAGAUUUGCAUUAAAUGCCCGUCAAUAAAAUAAUUAAGUCUUAUCAGAUUAAAAUAACAAGUUUCCCUUGCUUCUGGAAGAACAAGUCUUGGAAUUGGGCGUUUAAGCCUCUCUAUUAGUACAUCAGACAGCUUACCUAUGACAGUAAUAUUUCCCCAAAGCAUUAAACAUGAAACGGCGGCGUGCGUGCGUUCGUGUGCGCGUGUGUGCCAAUUCUGUCCUAUGUUCCUAUUCAUUAUGAAGUCCUGACAUGUUAUUAGAAUCUACGAUAGCCGAUCAUCUUGAUGUGACACAGGGGUCGAUUCAGCAUGGACUGAAAUCCACCCAUUCCCCUGAUGUAAUGGCGUCACCGGGUCCGCAGAGAUCGACACUGUAAUAAAAACGUGACUGUUUGUGAAU